AUGCUUCAGAUGGCUGGAGUGAACAAUUCAACUUGUGGAGGAAUGAGAAAUGUUAGUGCUGAGGCAAGAAACAUAAACCCCAGGGGGAAAGGCAGCAAAGCCGAGGAGAAUGGCUCCGACAGCUUCAUGCACUCCAUGGACUCACAGCUGGAGCAGCAAAUGGAAACCACCCAGAACCUGCAGGACUCCUACAUGGCCAUUGUCAACAACACCGUGUGGGACCUCAUGGUUGGUGUCACGCCCAAGACCAUCAUGCACGUCAUGAUCAACAACGUGCAUGCACCGCCUCAUGGGGACCAAGGAGUUCAUCUUCUCAGAGCUGCUGUCCAACCUGGCAUCCUGAAAUUGAACCUGCAGGACAAUCAGGUGUCCUGUCCCUGUACUUGCGUGGGGACCAGAACACGCUGA